AUGUCGAACAAUCCACAAGAUGUUUUCAAGAGGCUGCAGAGAAUGGCAAAUGAAGCAAGUAGAAGUGGUGGCGGAGGACCGGCACCAAAGGGAAUAGCAGGUGGAGUGGCUACACUUAUUGCACUGGGUGGAAUCAUGGUCGUUGGAAAUAAUGCGCUUUUCAACGUUGAUGGUGGUCACAGAGCUAUCAAAUAUACGAGACUGGGUGGUGUUGGCAAGCAAAUCUACAGUGAAGGUACACAUAUCAAGAUCCCAUGGUUUGAGACCCCUAUAGAUUAUGAUGUUCGAGCGAAGCCACGCAAUGUCGCCUCCCUCACCGGUACAAAGGAUUUACAGAUGGUCAACAUUACCUGCCGUGUUCUCUCAAGGCCUCGAAUCGAUGCCCUUCCUCAAAUCUACCGAACCUUAGGUACCGACUACGAUGAGAGAGUAUUGCCAUCUAUUGUGAAUGAAGUUUUGAAGAGUGUAGUUGCGCAAUUCAACGCCAGUCAGUUGAUCACCCAACGUGAGAUGGUUGCAAGAUUAGUCAGAGAGAAUUUGUCGAAGAGAGCAGCUAGAUUCAACAUCAUGCUUGAUGAUGUUUCCUUAACGCAUCUCGCAUUUUCUCCCGAGUUUACAGCAGCAGUAGAGGCCAAGCAAGUUGCACAGCAAGAAGCCCAGCGUGCUGCAUUCGUAGUUGACAAGGCACGUCAAGAGAAGCAAGCUAUGAUUGUUAAGGCCCAGGGAGAAGCACGAUCUGCGGAGUUGAUUGGUGAUGCUAUCAAGAAGAGUCGAUCAUACGUCGAUUUGAAGAGAAUCGAGAAUGCUAGAGCAAUCGCUCAAAUCAUUCAAGAGGCUGGUGGACGCAACAAGAUGUAUUUGGAUUCGGAGGGAUUGGGAUUAAAUGUCACUGAGGCAUUUGAGGAUAAAAAUAAAAAGGCAUAAUGAAUUGGGAUGGUAAUAGUGAAUUAAAUAAACUCUCUCCACUGUACUACAAGCGUAUGUAGCAUGUAUACUAUAUUUUCUGAAAGGUACAAGGUGUGCCAAUCGGUUUCUGGCCCAUGGCUAUGAAUGCAUUUUUUGAGCACAUAUAAUACGCCUUUCUUUGAGUCGAUUAAAUA